AUGUUGCGAUACAAUGCUACAGACAUGUUCAUCAAGACAUUCGACAGCCUGUCUUAUAUCAACACAUACACAUACCCUUACAACUAUGAUCUGUUGUUCAGCAGUGUACGCUACAACAAUGAAACAGUAUUCAGACAUCUACUCAAGCAUCCCAGAAUGAGAUUAACCAAUGAACGACACGGAGUGGCCUCAAAUAUUUGUAAAUAUGGCAACACCGAUAUGCUCCAGCUCUACCUUGAUGCCACGGCCUAUCGCUCACUCCCCUGCGACAUCAUUAACGGCAUCCCAUUUGCCAUUGACACUGGCAACGAACAGUUUGUUCGAUUGUUUCUUCAACAUCUCACAGUCGACCCAAAGAUGGCCAAGGAGAAGGCGAGGAGGGUGCAGUUGAAACGACCCGGUGUCAGUAUUGGCAUGCUCAGGUUGCUGCACGAGGAGUUCAACUGUCUGUUUAAUCAACACAAUGACAUCUGGCAGGUGGCACUCACACACUCAAUCAAGUGUAACAUGAUGGACAGUGUUCAAUACAUCAUUGACAACAUACCGGAGCUUGAUAUAACAUUAACGCCUGAAUGUGUGGUGAAUGAACUACUCCUCAAGUGUCUAUGUCAAUGCGCUAUUGAUGGCAAUAUCCCAAUGAUGGUGAUGUUGACAAAGUAUCCAAUAUUCGCCGAGUACAUGGUAAUGGGGAGUGUCGAUUACAUGGUCCAAUGUGCUGUGGACAAUGGCCAGCAAUCAUUCAUCAAGUAUAUGUGUCAACAACAUAUUGGAGCAAACACGAUCAACACAAGGGCAGAGAAUAUGUUGAUCAACCUCAGAAACGAUGAUGGAUCAAUUCGAAUCACACCAGUUGCGGCAAUACUCAGUGACGACUAUGCCAGUGUCGAAUCAUUAAUCAUUGAUGGAUUACUCGAGUUGUGCCAGAGGACCUACAAACUGAUGUCCAAGUCGAUGAUCGACUUCAUUGUCAGCCCACGCAUCAACGUGUUCACCCUACCCGAAAAUGCUCUCUUUGAGAUGGUCAAGUGCAUCAACAAACCAGGCGGCCACAUCACUGAUGACCAUUUAUGUCAGUUAAUUGUCAACUGCAAGUUUGACACGAACCCAAACUAUUACCAUCUCCUGAAGCUCACUGCAGCCUUCUCCCCCAAAGUGAUGGCGACAAUCACCUCUCGCUCACUUGUCUUUGUUGGGCUGAACUUUCUUUUCUUACUGGCCAAGGCAUUGAAGAAUGGAUGUCGAGAAUCAUUGGAACUACUAUUCAAGUAUCAAGGCGACAAGUUGGAUAACAUACAGAAGGAGGGCAAGAUCUACAAGCGUGCUUUGAAGUUUGUGACCAAAGAAUCAUUGGAGAACAUCACAUUCAUGUUGGACAAUAUUAGAGUGGUUGAACGCGAUCCCAUCAUCAUUGAGAAGGCCAUCAAGAAUAUUCAUCCAGAUGUAUUUGAUCAUGUUUUCAACAUGUUCAAGUCUAAUCCACUUCUCCAGGAUAAUAUCGACAGGAUCAUGCCAUUGGAGCAAUCAACACUCGAGGACCUUGUGAUAAUGGCAGGACGCAAUGCUUAUCACUCACUGGUGUACCACUUCAACUCAUUAACAUUCACCAACAAGCCAUUCACACAUCGAUUGCGAACCAUCAACUCCAUCAUGUUCACUGCCUAUGAGUCUGGAUAUGCUCGAAUAAUCAAACUAUGCGCUGAUCACAUUACGGCCAUCACAUCCAACGUCUCAGAACAACAAGAGCAGGUGUUGGUCACCAAGAUGCAGGUUGAACCAUGCUCGCGACAGUUGGGGAUAGCAGUACACACUGUGUUUGGUAACAGGAAGCUUGGAAUGAUCAUCAUGAAACAAGUUGGAUUGGUUCACAAGUCACUUGGUGUAGAGUCAAAGUAUAUGAUCAAGGGUGCACAGUUGAUUGAUCGACAUUGUUUGAAUGAUUACAUCAAGUAUGGCGCAACGGAAUGGUUCCUCAAGGCGUACACUUCAUCACCAUUAUCAAACAAAGUCAAUAACGAAGCGAACCAUACAUUGUUGUACACAGCGUUGACCAAGUGCAACACUCGUGUUGUUGACGUACUUCUGGCCAAUCCCUACAUGACACUGGAGUCAUUAGACAAGAAGAAGCUCCAUUAUUCAAUCAUCGAUGAUAUGUCGGCAACAUGUACACAUCCUGCAUGGGAGAGGAUGUUUGAUCUCUACAUAGCCAUGUUAUUCGGUGACGCACCCUUCAUGAAAGUCCAAUGCCAGUUGUCAUCGGUGAAACAUCCAAUAAUCCUUCGCAAACUCAUACAAUGUCAUCAUGUCAAACUCGAUACAAGCAUAGACAAUUUUGACAUUGACGACUUUGUUCAAGGAUGUUUCAACAAACCAUGGGCACUGGAGAUGGUCCAACUGCUGGAGCAACACUCACUCCUCGAUCCAAAGCUAUCCUAUCAAAUAUGUCUCAAGGCCAUCGAACACAAGAUUACAUUGGUGGUCCAGUUCUAUUUCGAGCAAUCACUUGACACGUGGCUGGUCACAGAUGCAGAGGGACGCUCAAAGGCAUACCAACUAUACAAUCAUUGUGUGAAGCAUGGAUGUGUGGAGUUCUUGGACAGGAUACCAAUGGUUGACAGAGGUGAGCCAAUGGCCUUGGCAUUGGCACGUGGUAAUCUGGACAUUGCAAAUCGUAUUCUUAACAUGAUAUCCACUGAGCCGUUGGAGGAUGAGCAAGAAGAUGACCAGAUAUAUGCCGUCGACGACGUCCAUCACAGUAUAUUGUCAGUGGAGUUACUCGAGCGAUUGAUGUCUUAUCCCUGCAUUGAGACGAGAUUCAGACGAGUGAUGGGCGUGGCGAUCAAACAUGGCAACAAGGAUGUGAUCGAGUUUAUCAAACAACACAAUCUCAAACAUCACGUAAACAUUGAUGUUCAGGAUGCUCUGUACCAGGCUUCGGCGGUGUUUGAUCUCGAGUCCAUCGGAUGGCUGCUCACAUGUCCGGCAUCCAGGUGGGAUUUGAACAAACUUGCAAGACUUGAACAAAAUCAUGUGUUCAAUUUGUUGGAACAUGUUGACGAUAAGAUCACCCAAGAUCAGUUCAAAGGCUUGUUGAGCAUAUCUCUUAAAAUAAGGACCAUCCACCAACUGCCUCCACUUUUGGAACUGGCGGCCAACAAGUCACUCUCAGUCAUCCAGAUGGUACUCAAACAAUUUGUUCCAAAUGACAUUGAUCAGCUGGACGAUUAUGGCUACAAACACUUCAAAGUUGUUUUGAAACGAUGCGACUUUGAUUCUUUGGAGUACCUCCUACAGCGCACAAAGGAGAGGCCUUGUGACAUCCUCAACCUGGAGCUGUGCAACACGACAUCACUUUCAUACCUGUUUGACUAUGGACACAUCAGUAUCUAUGAUCAAACAUCGGAUGCCGUCGCCAGAUUGGUGGAUUGGGCUUGUGACAAUGGUGCUCUGGACAUUGUCCGUUUUGUCCAUGAGCGAUGCACAACACCAAGUCAACUCCGACGACAUCUCCCUUCAUUCGACAGCAUUGACACUGCAUCGAGACACAACGAUCACAGGAUGCUUAGAUAUCUGUUUGAAGGUGAUGAACACACUCCCAUUCCACCAUUCAAACUCUCCCAGGUGAAGCUGAGCGCAAGAAUGCUCAACUCAGUUCGCUAUCUCUCCAGUGAUGAUGGCAACAUCAAGAUCAUUGAAAUGUGUGACAGACUACUUGGAUUGUCCCAAGCACAUCCAUAUCCAAACACUAUUGUUGGGCAUUGUGGAGUGAAGAGGACAAAGCCCGACGAGUUGGAGUCCGUGACACAAUCACUCAAGUCAAUCAAAACAGACUCUGCCAAAUAA